UAAAGAGGGAGAGAGAUGGAAAGGGACGGGGGAGCGGAGAAGACUAUAUGACCGAUCCCGACCAGCUCUCCCGAAAUCGUAAUCUCCCUCUUCUUUCCCCUCUUCUAAAUUCUAAUCUCUUUCUUGAUGUCUUUCUUCGCCAGAGGAUUUGGAUUAACUACUUUGAGUGGAUGAUCCGCGACGCUCUGAAAAAGCUAGGGUUUAUGCGAUAUUAGAUCUAAAUACAACUAAGCUGUGGCGGCCAUGACUUAUUAUUACCUCAGCCAUGGUGAUAAAAAUGGUGUAUUGGAGCGUUGUCUCAUAGACAUCCUUUCUUUAAUCAAACCCUCAGAAACUGAUCGAAUAAGUCGGCUAAAUACCAUUCGUGAGCUUGCAACCUUUGUUGGAUCCCUAGAAAGCUUGGAAGCAGGUGCUGUUGUGAAGCCGUUUGGAUCUUUUACUUCAAACCUUUAUUCAAAAUGGGGUGAUCUGGAUUUAUCUGUUCAACUGUCCAGUAAUUUCCGUAUUUCUACUGGUAAAAAUCGUAAAAAAGAUAUACUACGGGACAUAAUGAGAGCUCUGCGUAGGAAUGGUGUUGUUCAUAAUUUGCAGUUCAUACCCAAUGCUAGAGUUCCUCUGCUUAUAUAUGAAAGCAAGAAGCAUGGCAUUUCUUGUGAUGUCUCCAUUGAUAACCAUAUGGGUCAAAUCAAGUCCAAAAUUCUCCUCUGGAUUGCCAAUAUGGAUGAGCGUUUCCGUGACAUGGUUUUAUUGGUCUGCACUGGUUAUACAUCAGGCAACUUUCUGAUUUGUUUGGCUUUGUUCUUUCCAAUUAAUAUUUUAUUGUAUUCCAUGCAGACCAAGGAAUGGGCCAAAGCACAAAAUAUCAAUGACCCGAAGUUAGGAACUUUAAAUUCAUUCUCGCUCUGUUUGCUGGUUAUCUUCCAUUUUCAGACAUGUGAGCCUGCAAUUUUGCCACCUCUCAAGGAGAUAUAUGCAGGGAAUAUUGUUGAUGAUAUUUCAGGAAUGAGGUUCCUUACCGAGAGAGGCAUUGAAGAUGUGUGUGCUACAAACAUAACAAGGUUUAGGUCCCAAAGUUUCAGACAGAGAAACCAAAGCUCACUUUCUGAACUCCUCGUUUCUUUUUUUGAAAAGUUCUCUAGAAUUGAAACUUUGUCAUCAGAGUAUGCCAUCUGCGCGUAUACAGGCCGAUGGGAAAGAAUCAGGAGCAAUCCCAAAUGGAUGGGGAAAUCCCAUAGCAUUUUUAUAGAAGAUCCUUUUGAGCAACCAGAUAAUGCCGCUAGAGCUGUUGGCUCGAACAAGCUGAGAAUAAUAUCAAAUGCAUUCAUGGAUGCUUAUCAUAAACUUUCGUCUGGUCCAACGAUCUCGAACCGGCACUCUCUCAUUGCUAGUUUGACAAGGCCUCACAUCAGUUCACAGCUAGGGGUAAGAACAUAUGUUCAACAUACAGCCAAUGGCGUUCGCAGUCACCAACCUGGGAUUGGAUACUCAGGCUAUGCAACACGUGAGCCAAUCCAUGAUCAAUUUCAGAAUGUUCUGAGACUGGAUAGAUACGCGCCAUCAUCUUCCACUGUUCCAUUGCAAGGGCAAGGAGCUCUCAAUGUCCAAGUCCAGCGGAAUUGGAGGCGACGGCAUCCAAACAGAUAAUGGGGCAACUUUGGAACUUGGUUGAAGUUCUGGAAGCUGUCACCCUGCAUCGUACGGGCAUAAGAUCACCCUGAUUGGCUGUCAUUUUCUUUUUGGCUUCGAUUAGCUUUGAUUAUGUACUGGAUGCACUUAUAGGGAUUGCACCUUAUUUUUUUGUGGUACGCAUGGUUUCUUAAUUAUUGCUGGAAAGUUAACCCC